AUGGGAUUAAAGCCAGACUUUCUCGAAGCUUUUGCAAAUACUGUGAUGGAACAUGAUAAGCUCCAGAUCACGAAUGCGAACAUGCUUCUGAAAGAGCAAGAUUCUUCUAUGUUCGCUCUAUGUUCACCAAGGAUAGUUCACAAAAGUGGCCCACAAUCGGAUGUGAAAAUUAACGGCUUACCGAACAGAGAUGAAGUCUCCGAUGUCUAUCAGGGAUCUAGUGAUGUUCAACGACCUCUUCAUGUCCAGGUCAACGGGUUCGGGAAGGCUCCGUCGCAGUCGGUUCCUUCGUCAUCUUUAUCAACACCUCUUCAACCUUCACCAUCGCCACUAACAUUGCAGGAAGGCUGCAUUUCUGCGGCUAGUUCUUCACAGUCUCUGAAAUCGUUAGCUUCUCCUACACCUGUACCAUCACCAAGCAGCGGAAGUAAAGCGCAACCAGCAAUAUCGAAGACGACGGGAGCUGUUGGAGCUUCGUCUUCAUCCCAAGCCGCAAGCCAAGCAUCAAGGCGAGAAGCUGAAGUGACUAGGCGGAAAACGGUUGUUGACAAGAUAGUCAAAGGAAAGGAACGAAAUGCCUUCAAGUUCUUUGUCUUUGGGGUUGGUUGUUAA